GGGUGAUAAAGACAGCAGUGGAGUGAUAUGGACACCGAGCUUCAGCAAGCUGUCUCCAACCGUGAGUGGGCCAGUGGGACCUGGGCCUCCAGACCGAGAAGCCGCGAGCCUGCCCUGCUCACAGGCAUCCCGUCAACAUCACCGUCCUGACCUUCCCACACGGACAAGCUCAUGGGACCCCCUGAUGGACCAGGACAGCGCCAGCACUAAGAAAAGCCCUGAAACUCACAGGAAGAGCAGAUCAAGAAGACGGGAACAGCACGGGGCACUGGGAGCUGCAAAUGCCCCCGAUACUGAGAGAUGGAGAAAGACUUCUCUUUUCUGUCCUCAUUGAAAAGACAGCCAGCUUUUGUAACCUUGCCUUGGGGAUGUUAGCAGGAGAAAUGUUGGCAAUUCAAGGCUCUUCUGGUUUUAUAAGAAAACCAGAUUUUGCUGGGAGGCCUGGAGUAGAAGAGAGGGCCUUGGAGAAGGAAAAAUGGGAGGAGAGACCUUCCUAGAGAUCAGGAGGAGUCAGCUGAGGAGCUGCGGUGGCUCGGCGAGUUGGAGUUCGUCCUGGAAGCGUCUGCCCGGCGAGGUCAGGGAGGAGGCGUGGAAGAACUUUUUCAUGGGACACUUUGAGAAGGGCCAGCACGCUCUGCUCAAUGAAGGAGAAGAGAAUGAGAUGACUCACAGAGCUGUCAUGAAGAUCAGCAGAGAUAAUCCAUAUGAACAUGUUUUGAGAAGUAUACAGUUCUGGCGAAGUGUGAGCUGCUACCAUCUAAAUAAAGGAGAUAUUUGGCUAUCGGACUCAAGGCUGCCGGAAAAGUCUCUGCCUUGCCGGAUCCAUCUUCUCGUUUGGAAUCCUCCCCUUGGUGUUUUACUGGAGACCAGCGUGGCACGUAUGGGCACAUUGUGUCCCAUGUUCCUUGCAAGAAGCAGACACUGUGUUGCUGAGGACAACAAUGAGGACUAUAUCAUAAAUAGAGCCAUAAGAAAGCCAGACCUAAAGGUGAGAUGCAUAAAAGUGCAGAAAAUAAGAUAUGUUUGGAACUACUUAGAAGGACAGUUCCAGAAAAUUGGCUCUUUGGAAGACUGGCUCAGUUCUGCCAAGAUACAUCAAAAAUUUGGAUCAGGCUUGACAAGAGAAGAACAGGAGAUUAGGAGGUUAAUAUGUGGGCCUAAUACUAUUGAUGUUGAAGUUACACCAAUUUGGAAACUGCUCAUCAAGGAGGUUCUAAAUCCAUUUUAUAUAUUUCAACUCUUCAGUGUCUGUCUGUGGUUUAGUGAAGACUAUAAGGAAUAUGCUUUUGCCAUCAUAAUCAUGUCCAUAAUUUCCAUAUCUUUGACAGUAUAUGAUCUCAGAGAGCAAUCUGUAAAACUCCACCAUCUCGUCAAGUCACAUAAUAGCAUUACGGUCUCUGUAUGUGGGAGAAAAGCUGGAGUUCGAGAGCUGGAAUCACGCGUCCUGGUGCCUGGAGAUUUAUUAAUUUUGACGGGGAACAAAGUGCUAAUGCCGUGUGAUGCCGUUCUGAUUGAAGGCAGCUGUGUGGUGGAUGAAGGCAUGCUGACAGGAGAAAGUAUUCCAGUCACCAAAACUCCGUUACCCAAGGUGGAUAGCUCUCUGCCCUGGAAAACACAGAGUGAAGCGGAUUACAAACGGCAUGUCCUCUUCUGUGGAACAGAGGUUAUCCAGGCCAAGGCAGCUCGCUCUGGGACCGUGAGAGCCGUGGUACUGCAGACUGGAUUCAACACGGCAAAGGGAGACCUUGUGAGAUCCAUUCUCUACCCCAAGCCAAUGAAUUUUAAGUUGUACAGGGAUGCCAUCAGGUUCCUCCUAUGCCUUGUAGGAACAGCCACCGUUGGGAUGAUCUAUACUCUGUGUGUCUACGUGCUUAGUGGGGAACCUCCAGGGGAGGUGGUGAGGAAAGCCCUUGACGUCAUCACAAUUGCGGUUCCUCCUGCUCUACCUGCUGCUCUGACCACAGGCAUUAUUUAUGCCCAGAGGAGGCUGAAGAAGAGAGGCAUCUUCUGCAUUAGCCCCCAGAGGAUCAAUGUAUGUGGACAGUUAAACCUCGUCUGCUUUGACAAGACAGGCACCUUAACAAGGGAUGGCUUGGACCUCUGGGGAGUCGUGUCCUGUGAUAGGAAUGGCUUUCAGGAAGUUCACAGCUUUGCCUCGGGCCAGGCUUUGCCAUGGGGCCCACUGUGUGCGGCGAUGGCCAGCUGCCACUCUCUGAUCCUUCUUGAUGGGACCAUCCAGGGAGACCCUCUGGACCUCAAAAUGUUUGAAGCCACCACCUGGUUCUCCGAGCAUUGUCUGGUUUCAAAGACUUUCCAGAAUAUGGGGAUCAGAACAUUGCUGUCUCCAGUGCUCAGGACAACUCAGAGAUUCAUGGAAAUGGCUUUUUCUGGGGACGAUUUCCACAUCAAGGGAGUGCCGGCACAUGCCAUGGUAGUUCAGCCCUGCAGAACAGCCAGCCAGGUCCCAGUGGAAGGAAUCGCCAUCCUGCAUCAGUUCCCAUUCUCGUCGGCACUGCAGAGAAUGACAGUCAUUGUCCAAGAGAUGGGAGGUGACCGACUGGCAUUCAUGAAAGGUGCACCAGAGAGGGUGGCCAGCUUUUGCCAACCUGAGACAGUACCCACUAGUUUUGUUAGCGAACUUCAGAUUUACACAACCCAGGGCUUUCGAGUCAUAGCACUGGCCUACAAGAAGCUGGAAAAUGACCACCACACUGCUACCUUGACGAGGGAGACGGUAGAAUCAGACCUGAUAUUUCUGGGGCUGCUGAUCUUGGAGAACCAAUUGAAGGAAGAGACAAAACCUGUCUUGGAAGAGCUCAUCUCAGCCCGGAUAAGGACUGUGAUGAUCACAGGUGACAAUCUUCAGACUGCAAUAACAGUGGCCAGAAAAUCUGGAAUGGUUUCUGAAAGCCAGAAAGUCAUUCUCAUUGAGGCAAAUGAAACCACCGGGUCCUCAUCAGCAUCUAUAUCUUGGACAUUAGUAGAAGAGAAGAAACACAUUACGUAUGGGAAUCAGGACAAUUACAUUAACAUCAGGGAUGAAGUCUCUGAUAAUGGCCGAGAAGGAAGUUACCAUUUUGCCCUAACUGGAAAAUCCUUUCAUGUUAUAAGUCAGCAUUUCAGCAGCCUACUGCCAAAGAUACUGAUCAAUGGGACCAUCUUUGCAAGAAUGUCUCCUGGGCAGAAGGCCAGUCUGGUGGAAGAAUUUCAGAAACUGGAUUACUUUGUAGGUAUGUGUGGUGAUGGAGCCAAUGACUGUGGGGCUCUGAAAAUGGCUCAUGUGGGCAUCUCAUUAUCAGAGCAGGAGGCAUCUGUGGCCUCACCUUUCACUUCCAAAACUCCAAACAUUGAGUGCGUUCCUCACCUUAUCAGGGAAGGACGUGCAGCUCUCGUUACCUCCUUUUGCAUGUUUAAGUACAUGGCUCUGUACAGCAUGAUUCAGUAUGUUGGCGUUCUGCUGCUCUACUGGGAGACAAACAGCCUUUCAAAUUACCAGUUUCUGUUCCAGGAUCUGGCCAUUACAACUCUUAUUGGUGUAACAAUGAAUCUGAAUGGUGCCUACCCUAAGCUGGUGCCUUUCAGACCUGCAGGACAGCUGAUCUCUCCACCUCUGCUACUCUCUGUGAUUUUCAACAUUCUUCUCAGCCUGGCCAUGCAUAUUGCAGGCUUCAUCCUGGUUCAGAGGCAGCCUUGGUAUUCUGUGGAGAUACACAGUGCCUGCAUAGUACAAAAUGAAAGCAUCUCAGAGUUAACCAUGUCUCCAACUGCUCCAGAAAAAAUGGAAAGUAGUAGUGCCUUCACAAGUUUUGAGAACACUACAAUCUGGUUCUUGGGAACAAUCAACUGUAUCAUUGUGGCUGUUGUGUUCUCUAAAGGAAAACCAUUUAGACAGCCAACUUAUACAAACUAUAUAUUUGUCCUUGUGCUGAUAACACAGCUUGGUGUGUGUCUAUUCAUUCUAUUUGCUGAUAUACCAGAAUUAUAUAGACGUUUGGAUCUGCUCUGCACUCCCAUCCUGUGGAGGGUCUCCAUUGUCAUCAUGCUCAGCUUGAAUUUCAUUGUGUCCCUUGUGGCCGAGGAGGCCAUUGUUGAAAAUCGAGCCCUGUGGAUGAUGAUUAAAAGAUGUUUUGGCUAUCAGUCAAAAAGCCAGUAUCGGAUAUGGCAGAGGGACUUGGCAAAUGACUCUAGUUGGCCCCCACUAAACCAAACCUCCCACUCUGACAGGCCGGAGUGUGGCAGAGGAGUGUCUUAUAGCAAUCCAGUAUUUGAGAGCAAUGAAGAACAACUUUAAAGGACAUGUGAUAUCCAAGUUGAUAUUACAGAGAAAAACAAUGACGAAAGGGACCAGUUUCAUUGAUUUUAAGAAAUGAGACUCUUGUAACAUCAGCUGGAGUUUUGGGGCUACCUAUCAAAUCAUGGUGACAAACUAAAGUCUAUUUGAUAAAAUACUUUCUACAGAGAAGAACAUUGACCCAGAAGAGUGCUCUCCUCUUGGCUUCUGAAGGUAUUGGAGGCAUUCAGUGAAGGCAAGAGUGGGCCAAGAAUUGCUAUGGGCCAAGAGACAAGCAGGCUAAAGGGGAAACGUAUGUGAUCUUUCCUCUUAGGACAGGACAAUACUUUCCUUUUUAUAAAAAUGAAUUGAGGGGAAGUAGUACUGUGUAUACUCUUGGAGUUGUAAUAUGUUAAAGAUCAUUUUUGAGUUUUUACUUCAUCGAUGGAAAAACUAAUGCAUGGGAAACAUUACACCAAUCUUCACCGUCUGGGUUCCUUUUCUCUGUAGUACUUUUCAGAUUUGAGGCUUUUUCUUCUGUUUCUGGCCUUACCCAACAUAUUAUUAAGGAUAAGCUUAGCCUAUGCUGCAAUAAAAAACAACUCUCAGA